AUGACGGCUAGUAGACUACAGCGCUGGGCAUUAAUUGUAUCUUCAUAUAAUUUUAAGAUUGAAUUUAUAAGUACCGAGCGUAAUACGGCCGACGCGUUAUCUCGUAUGAUAAAAACUUAUAAAGAAACUGGUUCUUGCGAACAAAGCGACGAACCGGAGCAAACGUAUUUGCAUUUCGCGACGGAAGCGUUACUCUUAGACUAUAACAUACUAAAAAAAGAAACUGUACAUGAUCCUAUUUUAAGCAGAGUUAUUAGUUAUAUAAGAGACGGCUGGCCAGGAGAAUUGGAUAUUAAAGAAUUAAAACCUUAUUAUAACAGAAAAAACGAACUAUAUACGGAACUUGAUUGCGUGAUGUGGGGCCAUCGUGUUGUGAUCCCGAGCGUCUGUAGGUCUAAAGUUUUAAAAGAGUUGCACGAUUCACACAUGGGCAUGGUUAAAACAAAAGGGUUAGCGCGCAGUUACGUAUGGUGGCAGGGAAUAGAUGAAGAUAUAGAGAAGUUAUGUCGGUCGUAUCAGGUGUGCUUAGAGGUGGCGGACGCGCCUCCUGCCCAUGCGAUUCGCUCGUGGCCUUGGCCAGAUCGUCCUUGGUCCCGUUUACACAUAGAUUUUUUCGGCCCAAUCGCAUCAAACACGUACUUAGUCCUAAUUGACGCGUGCACUAAAUGGAUGGAGGUAAUAAAAAUGUCUUCUACCAACGCUAAAGCGGUGAUAAAAGCGCUAAGAGAAAUAUGGUCUCGGUUCGGUUUACCAAAACAAUUAGUUUCGGAUAACGGUCCACCUUUCACAAGUUUAGAAUUUAAACAGUUUUUGGAGAACAUUGCAAUACAACACACGUUUUCUGCUCCAUAUCAUCCUUCGUCCAACGGAGCGGCCGAAAAUGCAGUUAAAACCUGUAAAAAAGUUGUAAAGCCCUUUCUCAGAAUUUAG